AUGGCGUACCAGCGAUAUGGCACGUCUAAUAUCCGGUCUUGUGAUUCUUACUUCGUGGAGUCUUAUGACAACGACUAUCAGCCUUCCCGAGUCUGUCCCAAAGAGCAUGCCAAGAUAAUCGCCCGUGAACGCCAGUAUGCGAUGGGAGAUGAGAUGACAAAAGCCGUGCGUGAGGAAUACCAGGAGGAUAUCAUUGCUCAUAUGCAUCUGAUGGAUUCCGCAACAUUGCCGGACGUUGACUCAAUUGACAUCCAAACUGAGAUCCAGUGGUUUAUGCGGCCCUACCUUCUCGAUUUCUUAAUUGAAGCCCAUGCUGCGUUUCAGUUGCUUCCGGGGACUUUGUUUUUGACCGUCAACCUCUUAGAUCGUUACUGUUCGAAGCGAGUUGUCUAUAAGAGACAUUAUCAGCUGGUGGGAUGCGCUGCACUGCUUAUCGCCGCGAAAUACAGCGACAAGAAAGAGCGUGUCCCGACCAUCAAGGAGCUGAAGUCGAUGUGCUGCUCUCUUUACGACGACGACAUGUUCGUACAAAUGGAAUGGCACGUGCUCCAGACCCUUGGCUGGUCGAUUGGUCAUCCAACCGUCGAUGGGUUCCUGCAAGUCGCAGUCAUGGAUACCCCAUAUGACCCAGAGGUGGAACAUCUUGCCCUUUAUAUCCUGGAAAUAGCACUCUUCCAUAGGGAAUUCGUUUCCAAGCUUUCGGCAGAUCUUUCGCGUGCCGCAUUAGCACUGUCAAGAUGCAUUCUCAACCGGCCCCAAGCUUCGCAUAAUGAUUGGGCAUCCAAUUAUGACUCUUUGACUUUGGUGAACUUAUCCCAGCAUUUGUUUCAACCAUCGCACGUUCUCGCCAGGAAGUACUCAUCUGCCCAUUAUUCACGGGUAUCGAAGAUCUUGGAGCAGUUUCUGGCCCGUCAGAGCACCGUUACCAAGAGCUACAACCCUCCUACACCUCCGACGGACCGUGCGGAGGAUUCUAAGCCGUAUGAAGGUGAGAUUGGGCUUGCUACGCCCCAGAAAUCCCAUUGCCCGCGUACUAUGACCAAUGGUUACAUUACUCCGCCAAUCACACCUGAGAACGACGCGUUCGCUCCCACAAGCAACGCCAAUCCUUCCAAGGAUGCCUCUGGCCUCUUGUACGUUUGUCCUACAUCGCCGACUCCCCAGCAAGCAAUGCACUAUGGACAGACGCAUCACUAUAAGCUCCAAGAGACCGAUCCGUACUCUCAACAUCAACGUUUUCGUCAACAGCCGUCGGUACCAUACAACUCUGUGUUCUAAGGGACGAUGGGAGAAAGAACGUGACGUACCACAAUUCGAACCAUAAGAGCCAUCAAGCAGCAUCCAACUUAUGCAUGUCACUCGCAUUCGAUGUGGCAGUAGCUAGCUUUGGACUCAAUACAUCAACCAUGAGCGUUAUGCCAAAUUCUGGCGUCCUUUCCCAAAGUGAGCGCGAAAGUAGUCGUGACUGCGUGGAUGAGAACGCGACAUUACUACAUAUCCCAAUAAUCUGUUUUGAUUCCCACAUAGUUUCCUUAUCUGGCAUUUGCUUUUAUUUCCUAUGUCAUGUCUGUACCUGCAUCUGCUUCAUCUGGCAUUGCAAGCGCGAGUCGUUUUCUUCACCCGGACUUGGGAUAAUCUUUGUCCCCGGUCACCAAUAUCCGUGCAGCGUUCCGCGGUUACACCGGUUCAUUAAAUACCUGCUAAUUUUUUCAAUACCAUAUUUCCUCUGUCUGCGCUAUGUACCUGGUUCGGUUCUUUGUGCCUUUUUUAUUUUUUAUUUCUUUCCUAACCAUAUACCGUGUAAGAGUGUGGGAAAGAUCUGUCUAUUUUCUCGCAAUGUAAUGCUGUUCUUUUUUUGCCUUUCUUGUAUACCCCCCAUAUACCCCUUUGUCGAUCCAUGUUUCCAUUAUCCUAUCAAGUUAUCGGAGGGGAUUUAUGGCGAGGACAAGGCGGUGGAAAAAGGGCGUCCUUUAUCUAGGGGGCGAAUGAAAGGCCCUCGAGUGAAAGCACAAAUUUUGACAGAGUUUGGAUGUAGUGUGGAAGGGCAGGGGGGGGGGGAGGAGAGAGACCCUUCAAAAAAAGUUGCUGCUUCUUUUGUUUCCGUUUUCCCAGGGGGCAUGCUGGCACUGCUGCGGAACUUUCUUUCCUUUGGUGCCAACGCAAAGCAUAUUAUGCUGCUUCGAAUUUUUAUUGAGAUCCUUGACUCUGCACUUAAGGCAGAGAAGGGUUCCAUCUUCGGAUGAACAGUUCCCGCCCCCCCUCUUUUUUUUUUUUUUACCCCGAAAUGUGAACAGAUAGGCAGAUUGAGACAAAACUACCAAAAAAUAUCGAGGUUGCCUAGCUCCUAAAUGUAAGGGCUUUUUCUUU